CAACUCCGGCCGUCUCCUCUCCCAAAUCCCUCGCCGAAGUGCAGCCUCCUCCGCCGCAUUCCUUCCUUCUUCCUCCCUUCCAGCCUCGCCGCGCCAUCCCGCGAGUGUAGGAUAGGAUCACUUCGAGUCGAGGCCAGUGAGCAGGGGAGGGGACGACCGCCGGCGGCCACCGUGGGAGGAGGAGGAGGAGGAGCGCGGGGCUCCCGCAUCGGCGCGUCGCCGUCGUUCCCCACGCCGGACACGAGUUCCUCGACGGCGGACGGAAGCGGGACUCGCGGUUGAGUGGGAGCAGACGCCGGCCGGCUGCUACGGGCAAUUUUAGGAUGGGUACUGAAGACUCUAAAGAUAUGCUGAAGAAUGCAGACUGGAAGACUGUGAGUGGUGCAGUUACUGAGUCAAGUCAGCCGGUUGUUAGGAAGCGCCUUCCGAAGAAAAUAAGACAAGUUCCUGAGUGUUACUUUCUCCCUCGACGAUCUUUGCCUUCUGCACUGGCAAUCUAUGGUGCUGUUUGCGCCGCUGGAGUUGGUGCAGGGAUGUUGCUCGAGGUUUGGAUCAACAAAAAGAUCAAAGAGGAUGGCGGCGUUGUCUGGGAAAUGGGCAAAUGAUGUUCAGGCCCUUCUGUUGCUGUUAAGUUGUAUCACAGAGAUAAGCAUGUUUUUGUUGUUUUGGAAUAUCUUUUAACUUGCUGACAAAAGCAAACAAUGUUUCCCAGUGUAAACUUGUCCCUUUGUUCCUGGUUUGGUUGUAGAAGCUGUUUGAUGCUUCAACUUUAUAUUAGGCAAGCAAGGUGAAAACACCAGGCAGCAACACAUCUCUACUUGUCAUCUUAUAAGAAUUAUCUGAAUAUGUGUAACCGUGCUAAGCUGGAAGGGCCUUUGAUUUAUCUUGGUUA